ACCCAGGUCCUCCAACAUUCUUCCUCCUGCUUCAAAUCCUUUGCUUUGGGGAAUCCCUGGAGGUUGUAUUCCCAGCCUCGGGGUCCUCUUGGAAAGACGCAGUCUUGUCCCGAGCCUCCCCAGUAAUCGUCCGUGUAGUCGCCUUUGACUGAUUUCCUUGAUCUUUGAAAUUCCAGAUUUAUUUUAGGUUCAUGGUCCAGGCUGUUGUUCUGCCAGGCAGGACAUAUGCCAACUCUGGGGCGAACCUGCCACGUGUGCCUAAGAUAAAUCAGGGUUUUGGAUUCGCCCCUAGGACAGUGGGAGGAGAGCAGCCCAGGGGGAGCAGGGGUGACACCCGGGGACGAUGGAGGAGCAGGGCAAAGGAGGCCAGAGAGGCAGGGACCCUGGGACGUUGCCCCGUAACGGGGAGGGAGAAGCUCUGAGGUAGAUCCUGAAGUAGGGCCCAGGUCACCCGGAGGAGACGGCUCAGCUCGCUUCAGGAGCCUGCCUUGGCCUUAGUUCUUUGGGGAUCUUGAUCACCACCUACAAGAUGAUUCCCUGUGGCGCCAUGCUGACCUUUGUCCGAUGCCUGAUUCGGAGGAAAGUUGUCAACUUGGACAGUGUGGAAGAUUCCAAGCUCUGCCGCUGCCUGACUACCGUGGACCUGAUUGCUCUUGGGGUGGGGAGCACCCUUGGAGCGGGGGUCUACGUUCUGGCCGGGGAGGUGGCCAAGUCCAGCUCGGGGCCCAGCAUCGUCUUGUCCUUUCUGAUCGCUGCUCUGGCCUCCGUGAUGGCUGGGCUGUGCUAUGCAGAAUUCGGGGCCCGUGUCCCCAAGACGGGCUCUGCUUACUUGUACACUUACGUUACUGUGGGCGAGCUGUGGGCCUUCAUCACGGGCUGGAAUCUCCUCCUGUCUUACGUUAUAGGAACCUCCAGCGUGGCCAAGGCUUGGAGUAGCACCUUUGAUGAGCUGCUCAACAAACGGAUUGGACAUUUUUUCCAGGACCACCUCAGCAUGAAUUCCCCAGGGCUCGCAGAGUAUCCCGACUUUUUUGCUGUGUGUCUUGUCCUCCUCCUGUCGGGUCUCUUAUCCUUUGGAGUCAAAGAGUCAGCCUGGGUGAAUAAAAUCUUCACCAUGAUUAACAUCCUGGUCAUUAUCUUCGUGAUCAUUGCGGGGUUUGUGAAGGGCAACAUUGAGAACUGGAGGAUCAGCGAGGACUUCCUCAAAAAUCUCUCCAUUAGCAACAGAGAGCCGCUCAUUAAUAAUGAAACCACCAUCUAUGGAGUGGGCGGCUUCAUGCCCUUCGGCAUCUCAGGGACGUUAGCCGGAGCCGCCACUUGCUUCUACGCCUUUGUGGGUUUUGACUGCAUCGCAACAACCGGGGAGGAGGUCCAGAAUCCUCAGCGGGCCAUUCCGAUCGGCAUCGUCACCUCCCUGCUCGUUUGUUUCAUGGCUUACUUCGGCGUUUCUGCAGCCUUGACGCUCAUGAUGCCCUACUACCUGCUGGACCAGAGCAGCCCUCUCCCUGUAGCCUUCGACUACGUCGGCUGGGGUCCUGCCAAGUAUGUUGUGGCCGUGGGCUCGCUCUGUGCUCUGUCCACAAGUCUCCUUGGAUCGAUUUUCCCAAUGCCACGGGUAAUCUAUGCUAUGGCGGAAGACGGUUUGCUUUUCCAUUGGUUAGCUAAAGUCAAUUCCAAAACGAAGACCCCACUCAUUGCUACUUUGUUGGCUGGUGCCAUGGCAGCGGUCAUGGCAUUCCUCUUCGACCUGAAGGCUCUGGUGGACAUGAUGUCUAUCGGGACCCUCCUGGCCUAUUCCCUUGUGGCGGCGUGUGUCCUUAUCCUCAGGUACCAGCCCAGCAUGACUCACCAGAAGACAAAGUGCUCCCCAGAGAAGGAAGCCUUGACCUCUGGUUCAGCCACAGACACGAAAGGCAACAACAGCCAGCAGGUCCUCUUCAAGCCCUCAGCAUUGCCCACACAGCGCUCAUCUGCUCUUGUUAACUUUUUGGUGGUCCUGCUGGCAUUGCUGAUCCUCGGCUUCAGCAUCCUGAUGACCUAUGGCCUUCAUGCCAUUUCCGUAAAGGAAACGUGGAGCCUCGCCCUUCUCGCCGUGCUCGUCUUCUUCUUCAUCAGUUUCAUCUUUAUCAUCUGGAGGCAACCUCAGAAUAAGCAGAAAGUGGCCUUCAUGGUUCCCCUGCUGCCAUUUUUGCCUGCAUUCAGCAUCCUGGUGAACGUUUACCUCAUGAUGCAGCUGAAUGCCCAAACAUGGAUCCGAUUCAGCAUCUGGAUGGCUGUAGGUUUCCUGAUUUACUUUUCUUAUGGCAUCAGACACAGCUUAGAAGGUAGCCGUAAGGAAGAUGAAGGCAUGUGUUCAGAGAACAUGAUUGAGAAGGCAGAAGAAAAAAGUCCUCUUGAGGCCAGCAGCCUAACAUAGGGCAGGUCCAACGUCCAUCCUUCCCCUGGACCGGACAAGUCGAUGCUGAUGCUGCCUAUGAGCCCUCCACUGGGAAACACAGCUCCAGUGCAAUGCUCCAUCUGUCUUUUGUUGGAAACCAGGACAGGAUGUUUUUGCCAGGUUCCACCAUCGUUGUCCUCAGUUUGCUGCUUUUCCCAGAUAUCCCCUCCCUGAUGUUUGUGUCUCUGGGCUGAGUGAACCCAGACAAGAGCAAUGCUGUCUGGGGACCACCCCUUCCUUGAGGAUUCUUGCUUCUAGGAUGAGCCCAACAAUAAAUGGGGAAAGGAAGACCAGAGUUGCACCUUGCACCUUUUGGUACAUGGAAAUUUUUGCUUUUGUUGUUUUGUGUAAUCCUGUUAGGAUAUUGCCAGUGUUAGCCUUUACUGGGCAGCCCUCCCAGAAAUUGAAGGGUGUUGAGUAGCAGGAGUGUAUGUACCUGUCCAGGUAUGCUCUUCUUGUAUGGUGCCAUUGUGCCUCUGAUGAUCUCUUUGACCUUGUUCCUUUAGCUGACAAACUGUUGGUGUUCCCAUCCAUCCCUUCUAGUUCACAUGGAAAGAGGGCUUUAGGGGAGCAGCAGAACAGGGACAAAGAAAGCGUCCUCGGUAGCUUUUUUUAUAAAUGUCAAUAGUGGAUCCCUUAAGAUGACCCUUCCCCCAGUAAAGAAAUGUUUCUAAUAAAUUAGUAAAUAUGAGCAUUCGCUUCAGACUUGUCAUACACUGUAGAUAUAACAUUCCACAGCAUUUAAUAAUUAUAUAAUUCAACAACCAUAUUUUAAGCACCUACUACUGUUGUGGUGGGAAGAACACUGGAUUUGGUGUCUAAGGACAUGCCUUUCAGUUCUGAUUCUGCUGCUUCUUAGCUGUAUGACCUUAGACAAGUCCUUUGCUAUCUCUAGGCUCUUCCAUAAGCUGAGGGGGUUGGACUCAGUAGCUGAGGAAUCUUCCUCAGCAGUUAGUCAUAUCAUCACCGUGUCACAUCCCUGUCAAAGUAGAGAGAGUAAAAUGGAGAGGGGUGGGGAGGAUCUUGAGCACACAGACUCAUGAGGACUUCAAACACAUCCAUCAGCCAGCCUAUCUUGGGGUGGAAGGCACAGAAUGCCUGAGAUUUGCCUAAAUUUAACUCAUUGUUCCUCCUCUGGGCCAAAUCCACCAAUUUCUUUUAAAAGUUAGGAUUUUCUCUUGUUGUAUGCCCAAAGCCUUCAUUUCUGCCUUCUUGGAAUAACAAUGAGGACAACAACAAAAAAGUGAGUCACAGGAAAAGGCAAAGCUGCUCCCCAACUGUUCUGCUCUCCUUAGUUAGCCAAAAGCAGCUAGGUCCAGUUGGAGGGCUUGCUUCUUGCCCUGUUUCUUUUGGAAACAUUUUAAGAUGUGUUCCUUCUCUCUUCUCUCCCAUUUUUUUAUUAAGUAUUUCCAUCUGUUUGGCCCUGUUAAUCAGGGAGUAUGUCAAUACUGGUAAUAGAAACACUUCCUGUCUCCUACCAGGGUGAGGGCACACACAGUUGCUGGGGUUGGGGGUGGGGGGUGCCAUGCCUGCUUUAGGGGUUCAGUGAUCUGAAAAUAUGAGCCAAAAUGAAAUAAAAAUGAGUCAGUCCCCAAAUUAGCCACGCCUCCUAUCCAGACCCAUUUCAAGUAGGGGUUUGUAGGCAGGAAUUGGGGCUCAGUUUCUUCAGUGGGGGGACAUUACUACUCACCAAGUUGAUGCCUCUCUUGGUGGAAGAGGAGAUGCUCUUCUGGAGUCUUCACAUUUAGAAUUGGAGGGAGGGCAGUGCUGAGUCUCAGAUACCUAUUGGGGGUGGGCUUGACCUCUAGAGAGUCCAAAGAACAUUCAGGAUUCUUAUUGGCCCAAUGGAAAGGACUCGGGAAAAGGCAACUUUAGCUUGCUGUUCCCAUUCUGGGAAGUCCCCUAUUGGUUCUUGAUUCCUUAAUUGGUGGUGGAGAGGUAGGGGAAGCCAUGAGCUUCUGUUGUUGAGUGACAGGCUACUAUUCUAUUUGGAAGGAUGAGAACCCUGACUCUAAUUUUAAAACCUAAUUUAGGAGCAUAAAACCCAAGCACUCAAGCUUAAUGGGACCUUGGAGACCAUCUAGUCCAAUUUUAUUUCACAAAGGAGAAAACUGAGGCCCCAAGAGGCAGAGGGACUUGAGGCAGCUGGUGGAGAACUCUUUUAAAGGCCCUUCCCCAUGGAAGAAAAGGAAUUGAGACUGAAGGCCUCCCCAAAUCCCCUCUUAAGGAUUGUAGGAAUGGGUUUAGCUAGCAGUAGACACCUCAGCCAAGCCCCUAGAGCCUUUUAAAAAUAGGUUUUCUAAUGAGGAAUUGGAUCGUUAUCAGCAAACACAAACAUUUCCAAUGUGCUAAGGACAGAAAAAGGAGGUUUCGUGGGAAACGGAGAAUCUCCUAUGUAGUUGGUUUGUUUUAAGUCUAGAUCACGUAUAGCCAGAUAGAAUGAACACUGUCUUUCUCUAGUCCUUUCCACUAGAGUCCUUGUUUUUGUUUUGUUUUUUAAAUGGAGGUUUUUCUUUCCGAUGUCACAAGAUUGUUCAUUUAGAGUUGAAUGGGCCUGCCUGGCCAGACCUUCCUCCAGAUGAGAGCAGUAGGGAGGUAUGUGUGCUUAUGCAUACACACACUCCCAGGUGCCUAUGUAGAUACAUGCAAACAUUUACAUAUAUACUUAGAAAUAAUAGAGAUAGUUGGGUUUAUGGCAGAGUUUCAGGGAAUGAGAUUUAAAGGUGGGUCAAAAAUUCGAUGUGAUGUUCUCUCUAUUAAUAGAUGUUUCUACAGGAUGUUUUAAGGUAUUAAACUAUUUUGAAAUCCAAUUUUAUAGUGUAUAUACGAUUUUUAAUGGUGUUUUCCAAGAACACGGUAUUUAUACAUUUCUAGCAUGAAAUCAACCUCAGACCUGGAAACCUUCUCGUUGUUGCAUGCCUUAUUUGUCAUCUCUGGUCGGGAUUCUAGAGUGCUUGUAUUGCUCCCUAUGUUGGGUUUUCAGAGGGGCAUAUCCACGUGUGUCUGGUCUCUAGCCAUCACUUCUAUCCUUGUGACACAGCAAGUGGCCACUGGACACAAGAGCUAUUAAACUAGUUUCAUCAAAAGGCAAUUGGCUUUCCAAGAUGCUAGUCCCAGAAAAGAAAAUGUAUUCUGCUUGUCCCCACACCAGACCAUCCACUCAAGGACCCCCCUUUUCUUUGCAAUGCAAAGACCAUUCCAGGCAGGCGUUCCAGAAAACUUGAGUGGAACAAAAGGUUUUUUUUUUUUAAUUCUUUCCUCCUAUCCUGUUUUGUGAAAGAAAAAUAAACAUGUGGUUAUAAUU